GAGAGAGAGAGAGAACCUCACUCACUCAUGGGCUGCGUCUCCUCAAAACACAUGAAGAAGGACCUGAAGCAGGAACAUGUCCCCGACACCAAUGGCUACGGUUACGUCAACCACGUCGUUUCCCUCACUUCCUCCACCUACGGAGCACUAACGUUGGACAAAGAAAAAGACCAACCCACAAACACCGUCGAAGAAUCGAAAACAUCCCCUCCUCGUACUCACCAACAACCCGAAGUCAUCAACGCGUGGGAACUCAUGGAGGGUCUCGAAGAGGGAGCACCCAUUUCCAAAAAAAGCCCCAAGUCCACGCCUUUCCUUCGCGGCUUCACCGCCGCCGACGCCAAAACCCCUUUCAAGUUCCUCACCCAAUUUGGGUCCCCCAAAUCCCUAAAAAAAUUCACAGGUAAGGAAAACAUGGGAAUUCUCAAACCCACUGCAGGUGUGAGACGCUUGAACUACAAUUUCAGCCCCAAAGGGAUUCUCAAACCCUCCAAUUCUUCUCCAAUUAGAAGGAACAGUUUCGGGAGUGAUAUCAAGAGGAGAAGCCCGAGUCCUCUGUUUGAUCCAGAGCUUCUCGCGUCCUACGAAAAGGAACUCUCAGAAGAGGAGGAACAGAUCAAGAGAAUGGUGUGGGCCACACCCAAAACCCGAAGAGUGAGAAAAUCUUUGGAUUCACAAUCUUUUAUCAACACUUUUGAGCAAAAGUGUCCUCCGGGAGGGGAAAACUCCGUUGUGAUUUACACCACCACGUUACGGGGAAUAAGAAAGACGUUUGAGGAGUGCAAUAAGGUUAGGUGUGUUAUUGAGUCCUAUUGCGUGCACGUGGUGGAGCGUGACGUGUCGAUGGAUUCGGGGUUUAAGGAGGAGUUGAGGAAGCUGAUGGGGACAAAUGAAGUUAAGGUUCCUGUUGUGUUUGUGAAGGGAAGGAUCGUUGGUGGUGCUGAGGAAGUUGUGAAGUUGGAAGAAGAGGGAAAGUUGGGGGUUCUGUUUGAGGGGUUACCACCGAAGGCGUUGGAGGAGUGUGGAGGGUGUGGGGGUGUGAGGUUUGUCAUGUGUGUGGAGUGCAAUGGGAGUUGUAAGGUUUUGGAUGGGAAUGGCAAGAAGACUCUGAGGUGUGGACAGUGUAAUGAGAAUGGAUUGGUUCAAUGUCCGUUGUGUCGUUGAGGUUGUUUUUCUUCUUGUCAAUUCGAAUGUUUUUUGUAGGUUGGGUCUAAAGCGUCUUUUAGUUCCCUCUUUGUUGUUUCAUUCUUUGGUUGAUUUGUAUUUGGGGACAUGCUUGUUCCUUCUCUAAUCUGAUUCUAAUUCUAAUUCUCACGUAUCAUUAGCUUUUCUUGAGUUUACAGCACUUGUUACAAUUUCUUCUAGCUGUUUCCAUCUGUCUGAAUAUCUACAUGACUAUAACUAUUCACUUUAAGAGUUUAAUGA